UUUAAAGCGUACACUAAUAUACAUUGGAAAUGAAGAAGGUGAUUUAUUUUGCUCCAGGACCAGCGAAACUUCCACAACCGGUUUUGAUCCAGGCCCAGAGAGAACUGCUGGAUUACAAUGAUCUCGGGAUUAGUGUUCUGGAAAUGAGCCACAGGUCACCUGAUUUUUACAAUAUAAUCAACUCAGCUGAAUCUCUACUUCGUGAACUUGUGAAUAUCCCUACAAACUACAAGGUUCUGUUUCUGCAAGGUGGUGGUUCAGGCCAGUUCAGUGCUAUUCCUCUGAAUCUGAUCGGUCUGAAGGAGGACAGGUGUGCUGAUUAUAUUGUAACAGGAAAGUGGUCUGCAACUGCUGCCAAAGAGGCGGAGAAGUACGGCAAAGUGAACAUGGUAAAUCCAAAAGUGGACCGAUACACUGGGAUCCCAGACAGCAGCAGCUGGUCACUGAACCCUUCAGCAUCCUAUGUCUACUACUGCUGCAAUGAAACAAUCCAUGGCAUUGAGUUUAACUUCAUUCCUCACACCAAGGAUGUGAUUCUUGUCAGUGAUAUGUCGUCAAAUUUCCUAUCACGGCCAGUAGAUGUGUCUAAGUUCGGGCUCAUAUUUGCAGGUACACAUAAAAAUUCAGGAUGCGCAGGAACCACUAUUGUGAUCGUACGGGAAGAUCUGUUAGGAAAAGCUUUGAAGGAGACACCUGCUAUAUUAAAUUACCAAGUGCAAGCUGAACAUGAUUCCCUCUACAACACCCCACCUACCUUCAGCAUUUACAUUACAAAGCUGGUUCUGGAAUGGGUAAAAAGUAAUGGAGGCGUAGAUGCCAUGAAUAAACUGAGCAUGCAGAAAUCUGCUUUGAUUUACGACCUCAUUAACAGCUCCAAUGGAUUUUAUAUAUCUUCAAUAGAUGUCGAGUGCCGGAGUCGCAUGAACAUUCCAUUCCGCAUUGGAAACACUGAGGGAGAUGAUGCCCUGGAAAAACAGUUUCUAGAAGGUGCUUCCAAGCUUGGACUCAUGGCAUUAGAAGGACACAGGAUUCUUGGUGGAUUACGAGCUUCUCUCUACAAUGGAGUGAGUCUGGAAGAUACUCAAGUUCUUGCUGCCUUCAUGAAAGAGUUUCUAAAGAAGCAUUAUCCAAAUAAAACACAUGUCUAACCUAUAAGUCAUUUUAGAGAGUCUAAGACUUUAGCACUGUUGACAUUAACAGUAGUAUCAUAUAAUGUCUUUUAAUUAUUAAAACAAUUAUAAUUAGUAAUAUUGUGGUUUACCAAUCUCAUAUUAAAUUUA